AUGAAAGUCUACACGGUGACCUUCGUGGCGAGUUCGCUCAGCGGCAUCGCACUUGUUUGUUGCCUUUUGGCCAUCGGCCAAAUCUAUAGCAACGUGCAAGACUUCUGGUCUGAGCUCGACAUGGAGAUGAGUGCUAUUCGAACCCAAACCGACGAACUCUGGAAAGACCUGGUCCACAUCGGCGUUGCUCGGCGUAAGCGUGAGGUCUAUGCGACAGCACCAUCAUCGUCAGGAGGCUUCUCUGGUGGACCAUCGUCAGGUGGCUUCACUGGUGGACCGAGUUGCGGUCCAGGCUGCGUCGGUCCAAACUGUGGCCCAUGUGCUCCAGGGGCUUCGCACACAGGCGCACCUGCACCUUCAUUCGGUCUGGCGCCAUCUGGUCCAGGCCCUACUAGCGCUGGCUGCCAGUGCAAGAGUCCAGAACACAACAAGUGUCGUCACGGACCUGUUGGACCAAAGGGAGCGCCCGGAGUUCCUGGACCUAAUGGUCUCCCUGGAGUUGAUGGCAAACCUGGAGUCGACGCUUCAGACGUUACUCCUGAAUCUCAAGAUACCGGCAUCUGUUUCUACUGCGCACACGGUCCCCCUGGCUCACCAGGACCAGUGGGUCGACCUGGCGCACGUGGAAUGAAGGGAGCUGACGGCGUCAUUGGACAGCCUGGUAAGGAUGGUAAUCCCGGAUGGCCUGGAGAGAUGGGUGCUCAAGGAUCACAGGGACGUCCAGGCCCAGAUGGACGACCUGGUGAGAAAGGAGCCGAUGGACGCAAACCAAUUGGACGCGUUGGACCAAAAGGCCAGCGUGGUCCAGCAGGAGACACUGGACCACAGGGUUCACCUGGUGAUCCUGCUCCUACUGGAGAACCUGGACCAGUUGGACCACCUGGAGGAGCAGGAGUGGCCGGACCACAAGGUCUCGAAGGUCCACCUGGUUUCGAGGGUAAUCCAGGAAGACCCGGAAGAGAUGCAGAGUAUUGUCACUGCCCAGCCAGAGGAUUCCGUGGAGGUCAUGCUUCCAAGAAAAUCUAA